GACAUAAGACACCAUUUCCUUAUAUGGAAGACAUUUUAGACACCAUUCUUUAAUCCUGAAAUCCACCCUUGUCAAAACUGAGUGUAUGCCGUGCCUGUCACUGUGUGGGUGUAUGUGUUCCUGUCUGAUCACACAGUAUAAAAGCAGAGGUGCUCUCUGCCCCUCCAACACUUUAAACCUCAGAUUUAUCCAUUGCUAAGAGAAGUCUUCGACUGAGACCAACAAUGAGAGCCUACCUGGUCCUGCUUCUGCUGCUCCCUCUGUGCACAGCCGACUACACCAUUGAGUGUUACGGUGAGGACUUCCUGAUGCUGAGGAACCAGCUCCUACAGUGCUCAAGCAAAACAAAGCAGGCCUGCUACACCAGGAAGUCUGGGGAGAAGGGCUGUGCUAGGCUGGAGUUAUGCUCUCGAACAGGCUGGAAGUGCUGCCAUCAGAACCGCUGCAAUGCCUAGAACUGAUUCAAGGGGACACUAACUCCACGGCCCAGGACAGGCAGAGGAAGAAGAGCAGGACAGAUGAGAGAGGAUCUGUGAUAUCAGCUGACAGUGACUUGCUGUUUAGCACUUGGUGAUUGAAUGCGGUUGUAUAAAUAACUUGAGAAAAAUUACUUUAAUUUGAUGUAAAGUCACAUGAAAUAAAGUCUUACGAAAUUUUAA